ACAAUAAUUUUAUCUUUGUAACAAUAAUUUAAAAACUUUUUGAAUCCUUUCCAGUUUUAUUCUCUGUUCAACCGAUAUUUGGCUAACCCCUGAGGAAAAGCUCGCCCAAGAUUUGUUGAACAUACGAAAAGCUUUUCAGUGGAGAUGGGCUGCAUUGGGUGGUAUGGGCCUCUGAUUGAUCUGGCAGCCGCCCCUGCACACAUCGGAGGAUAUGUGCAGCUUCUUGUCUUUGUUCAUCAAUUUCAUCCUCCUCAGAGGCUUAGAGCUUCAAAUGGCAGAGAGCUAUUGAAGUCAAUGCUACAGGUUGGUGACAACAAACAACCAUACUUUGAUGUUUCUAUGUGGCAGAAGCAUGUGGAUUCCAACAUAUCUGCUGGUGACAUUGUCCUAUUACAAAAUGUGAAGGUAACAAAAUUUCGAGAUGUGACGAUGGCAACAACUAUUCAACACUCAUCUCUCAAAGUACUAUUUCAAGCACACGAACUUCUUUCUAGCCUUGGUACAGAUGAAGCCAUAGAAAGGGCACUAGUAGGGAUUACAGUGAAGAAAAAGUUAAAGAUCGUAAUUGCAUGGGCAAAAGAUACACAGUCUACUUUUCUCUCUUAUUUGGAUUCUAUGCGUAAAUAUAAUAAUAAACUGCAUAAUGGAGAUGCAAAUCAAACAUCAUACAAAAACUGGUUAUGCAGUGAGAAAAAAGAGUUGAUACAUUGCUCAUCUAUUGGAGAAGUUGUUUUACUCAAAGAAUUGUCACUUGUGCGAUUCUUUGGAAAGAUUGGAGAGAUCUGUUUACCACACAACACAAGGAAGUUGGAUACAAUCUUAUCUGUGGAAGAUUGGAUAUUUGUUAGUAAGACUUUCCGGGGACUGACAGACAAAAGCAUCGCAAAAGCUUUUGUCUGUAAAGGUUGCAAGAACUGUGGCUGCCCCGUAGAAGUGGACUACAGGAGCUAUUUUAAUAAAAAUCAAGCAACAUUGCCACCUUACUGUGGGAACAAUGUUAACCAGAUUCAUCGUAUUGGCUGGAUUUACAGGCCUUUAAUGCUCCAUGUGUGGGAUCGAUCAGCAAAUAUUCCUGUUCUUGUGAAGAAUUUAGCAGCCAAACAACUUUUUGCAAAUAUUCCUGCCGAGUCUAUCUUUGAAAGCCUUGAAGACUCUAGUUCUCUGAACAAAGAUAGGAAAACUGAAGUGACAACUAGUGACAUCAAUACUUACCAAGACAGGGAAGAUUCUCAUCAGUAUAGUAGAAAUGUGGCAUAUAUCAAAAGAGAUGAUAAAGGCAUUUCUACUGAAGAUCUCUACCCAGAAGAUAAACAAGCAUCAAAAGGGGUUAAUCAACAGAUAGAGGGAAAUCAAAGUUCUCAUGUGAUAGAUUUUUUAAAGAUAUUUUUAAUUUUACUUCGAACUCUUCUACAAAAAGAUGAAAAUAGUCCAUUUGAGUUUCAAAUUCUUGUCCAUCCUAAUGCAUCCAAAGGAACAGGGAUUUGUGUAUUUGAGCUUGUUUCCUUCAAGAUGCUCACAGAGGCUUAGACAUAAUUAUAAUUUAUAGAAAAUUCAUUUCUCAA